GAACAUUGAAUAAUGAUGCAAAACAACUGUGCUCGUGACUCGUACAUCGUUCUGUUGCAAGUAGAAAAAAAUAAAUGCGAUUUUUAGAGUUGUACCAUUUGGCGUGACUAAUAAAGAUACCUGGUUAAUAUGUGUUUGUUCGUAUACGGUAAUUUGUUCAAAAUAUUUUCAGAAGUUUUGUGUUUCUAUACAAAAAGGAUUGUGAUUAGUGAUAUGCAAAAUAGAACAUGAAGUCAAGUCUCAUCAUAAUAUUGCAGUAAUCUCGAUACCGACAAGCAAGUUCAAAUCUAAUCGGACAUUUUAUUUAUGUGGCCAAUAGGGGGACGUUUUAUUGCGUAGAACAUCAAGACGUGAGCCAGUUCAACGAGUUACGCUAAACUGAAGGUUUCCCGAUAAGAUUACACUGCUUUAGCAUAUUAGUAGUCAAUAGUUAGUUUAUACUCUUUUAUGGGUUGUCGUAUUUCGUCUUCAAACAAUGACAAUUUCCCUACAACAAACACUGAGAUGCCCAAUAGUACGGUCGAACAGCCAACCACGAUGGAUUACAAAGCUCGUUUAGAGAGAAAACAGUGCCUGGCCAAAGAAACUCCGGAGCCGAUUUACGACCUAGCGGAUUGUAACCUGAAAGAUGUACCACCGGGUGUGUAUGUUAUGUGUAAGGUGCUGCGAAAGGAGCUGCUGACGUUAGCUAAUAACAAGCUUACAUCGCUGGGUGGAGGGGGAACCCUGGACGACCUACAACUGUUAGUAACACUGAACCUUAUUAGUAACCGGUUCAAAAAACUGCCAGACGAGAUAUACAAGCUAGAAAACCUCAGGGAACUAUUAGUAUCGAACAAUUAUUUGGAAAAACUUCCGCCAAGCAUCAAUCGUCUGAAAAAGCUGGAAUUGCUGGAUGUUUCCACUAACAAUUUAACUACUCUGGAGCAAAUAACAUUUCUGCCCAACCUUAGAAUACUGAACAUCAGCGGAAAUGUUCGGUUGACGAAACUGUCGAAUCAGCUGGCGACAUGUGAUAAUCUAGUAGAUUUAGUACUUGACCCGAACUCUAUUGUCGAACCUCCCGCGGACAUCGUCAACAGGGGUACAAACGCAAUUAUCAAGUAUCUUUCGACCGGUGAAAUCGUUAUCCCGCCGCCGGAAGAUCAGCUUACUCGCAGUAAAACUAGCACAAUUAACCUAAUUAGCAGCGAGCGGGACAUACAGCGUCAAAGUGAUCUGGAACGGGAUAGAUAUAUGAAGGAACGUAAGCUGCUAGAAUCCGAACGAUUAGCUUAUGAAAAAGAUUAUCUAGCCGAGAGUAAGCUACACGAGAAACAGCAAAAGAAGAAGCAGGAACUGUUGCAACAAUUGCUACAACAACAGAACCAGAAUGAAAGUUACGUGACAAAGUUGCAAGAAGAGAAGCAAUCUGAGCGACAGCGUUUGAUUAAUGAUAUUCUAAAAGACGAGGAACAUUCGAGCGAGUUAGUGCAAAAACUACUAUCCCUUAAAAAUGGUCCCGAUCCCGCAUUUCUUGAAUGCGAACGCAAGGAUCAGGAACGGCUCAUCGAACAGCUUCGGAUCCAGCAAAAUGAUCUUCGCAAACAAGAAAUUCUAACUGCUAUGACUGAUUUGCUGGAAAACGAGAUAAACGUUGUGCAGAAUUUUCACAAUCAACGUGAUCAAUCCUCGCGCAACAUACUCGAAAGGGAAUAUGAAACGAACAACCUGCUGAACAACGUAUUCCUAAACUACGACCGCAAUCGACAUGAUAUAAUAGAGCAGAUAAAUUGUGACGAAGAGAUACAGAAAUCGGCUGUGGCUGCCCUUAUAGCAAGAAACGAUUCACGUACCUGGGGUUUGGUCGAACAGGUGCGCAUUGUUGAAUCGCAACUAGCUGCGCUGACAACGUACGAAAUCGACCGCAAAAAGACUAGUCAAGAUGAUCAAAUCAAUAACCUAGCCGAGCAACGAUUAAAUUUAACUUACGUACUGAUGGAUUUGCUCAAACAACAAGACCAAAGAAAGCAACAGCUGCUUGAAACGCUCAAAGUCAUCGAACAGCAACAGGAAAGUGAACAAACCGAUUUCUGGCUGAUGCAGUACCAAAAACUACUCGACCAUCAACCGUCGGAGAUUACCAAAGACACAGCAUCUGUCGAUCCCAUCUUGGGGUAUCAAUUUCUUGAGAACGGAGCCGUUCAUUGUUUACCGUUUCUUUCAAAAAUUUGGCAAAAUCGAGAUAAGGAACUGUCCAGUAUUAAUGAGCAUGAUUUAAUAGAUGCUAGUGUACAGAAUUCAUCGGAUCGACAAGCUAUUUUGUUGUCAAUUAGUAACUAUUAUGACUAUCUCAAUCAGAGAAUAGAGUAUCCGGAAACGGAGGCCGGUUCAUCAACCCAAAGCCCAACAGCGCCGCCACUAGUGGAAGACCGCGAACACCAAGUCCCAAGCUCCCCACCAGAAGAACAUUCAGUGGCUAAUGGAGCGGUGCAGUUUGCCGAAUGUGUCGUUUGUCUAGAAGAAACUGUACAAGUAAUUUUUCUGCCUUGCGGCCACAUGUGUUGCUGUGCUGGAUGUCAAAUUGAUAUUCACGAUUGUCCUUUGUGUCGGGCUUACAUCGAGAGGAAAAUUAAAGUGAUUCAACCCUAAAACAACUGUAGGUACUUUUUAACAAUAGCACAACUACUUUUUAUCAAUAACACAAAAUUCUACAGCUGCCUUGACAGUAAUUCUUUCAUUCGACAGCACGAAUUGCAAAAAAUAGGCAACUAUUUAUUCAGUACUCCAUCAACAACAAGGAAUAACAUACAGAAUUAUCGUAUUUUCCUUCCACACAGAAGUUGAAUUCUCAAUUAAGAAACAUUUAUUAAACAAAUUUACAACAUUGUAUUCAACGGCACGGAACAAAUUUGAAACAUUAUAUCUACUCCACCAAUUGUCCAUUCCCAGCAUAAGUCAACAUUUUCAUAUAAUAAUUGUUAUCACUAAUCUAGUCAAAACUUUCGCCAUUGAAAUGCAUUUUUAUCGUAGAUUUUAACUUUUACCAAAUCAAACAUAAAGAACAUUUUUAUCGGUUGUCCCUAAAAGUAUUAUACGUCAGAUUGUUUAUUAUCAAUACAACACUAAAUCAACUAUACACCCUUCAAGCUUUAAACUUUUUCGUCUGAAGAUCAAACAAAACAAAUUAACGCAAAUUUAACAUUAAGACACCAAUAAAAAGCACAAGCAUUACAAAAGCUCAGCAAAGACAACACAGUGAACGGAAUUUAACACGUUAUACAUUUAAUAUAGUGCCUUUUUGGGAAAAAGAAGCAUUAUAACGCAACGUAUUGCAUAUUGAUAAAACUGAUAAAGUAACAUGCUAUGGGGACUAUACUAGCACCGCGAUAUACGGCAUCAUUCUAAAAUGAACGAAAAUCUUACAUACACGCGGCUGCGUAUAACCCUUUGCGUUACGGCGAUACGCAAAAGGGACAAUAACUCGAGCAUUUAUCGCUACAAUCUACAUCAAUCUCCCAGUUUUGACGCUAUUGAAAUAAAUCUAUGAAAGGCCAACCGAUACGAUUAAACGUCUCAAUUAUUGACUACGUACUAUUGUUCAAUCAAUUUGUUAUAUUCCCUUUGAGAUAUAUUAUUGCGUUAAGAUUUGUGUUUUGCACAUAUUCUAUCGGCAUGUU